UGCCGAUUUCCCAACGGGUUCAGCACGUUAGCUCAGGGUCCUUCCCUGCCCACAGCUCAAUGCUCCACACCAACAACUUAUGUCUGGACGGAGCAUAGCAAUCUUCCUCUUCUCAAAAGACUCUCACUACUGUCAACGCAGCCAAGCCUCUGCCACUGGGCAGACGAUUCUUGUGUCCUUACGUCCUACAAUCACGACGUAGAAGGCCCGUCGCUUGUGCCUUCGGGCGUCUCCGACAUGCAACCCCUUCCCUUCAUCGGUCGCCUACAUGCCUACGAGUUUGUCACCCUCGUGCUCUCCAUGGUCCUUAUAUUCGUCGAGUCCAUCAUAAGCAUAAUUACCCUUGCACUGCCCACGCCAAUCAUCGGAUUCUUCUAUCGCGGUUCCCGUCGAGCCUUCAAUCACCUCUCAUCUCCCGCAGGCCGACGCAGUCGCAAUAAGAAAAAGAACGUUUCCUCGCCCAUCGCUCAGGCUCAGGACUUUGUGGAGCUAUGUGCAUUGUAUGGAUACUAUGCAGAGGAACAUAUAGUGCAGACUGGGGACGGGUAUUUAUUAGGUCUGCACCGCUUGGGCUGGAGGAAAGGUGAAGAGCAUGUCAGGGUUAAUAGCGGACCGGAUAGUCUGAAGAAGAAGGUCGUCUAUAUGCACCAUGGUCUGCUUAUGAACAGCGAUGUCUGGGUUUGCAUAACUGAGAAAGAGCGUGUACUCCCGUUCUUGUUGGUCGAGCAGGGUUAUGAUGUUUGGCUUGGCAACAAUCGAGGGAACAAGUACUCGAAAAAGAGUAUUAAUUGCUCCCCUGCGGAUGUCAAGUUUUGGAAUUUCAGCAUGGAUCAAUUUGCUUUUCACGACAUUCCUGAUUCGGUCAACUACAUUCUCGAAACAACACACCAAUCGUCUCUCAGCUACAUAGGCUUUUCCCAAGGGACUGCUCAGGCAUUUGCAGCUUUAUCCGUCAGUCCGCCACUCAACGAUAAAAUCGAUGUAUUUAUCGCCCUGGCACCUGCCAUGAGCCCGAAAGGUGUCUUCAGUUCCGUUGUCGACACAUUCGUUAAAGCGUCGCCUAACCUUCUAUUCCUUGCAUUUGGACGAAGAGCUAUAUUGGGCUCCGCUACAAUGUGGCAGGCUAUCUUGUAUCCUCCCAUAUUUGUUCGUCUUAUCGACAUGUCUCUUACUUUCCUUUUCAACUGGCGUGGUCAAAACAUUUCGCCACAUCAGAAGCUUGCUGCAUAUCCACACCUCUACUCCUUUACCUCCACCAAGAGUGUGGUGCAUUGGUUCCAGAUCAUGCGCAAUGCAAAGUUCCAGAUGUACGAUGACGAAGUCCAAGGACCGCUCUCUUUCAGCACGGGCGGCAAAUACUACAAGGUCGCCAAGUUCCCCACCCGCAACAUCAAGACUCCAAUUGUUCUGGUCUACGGAGGGUCUGACUCGCUUGUCGACAUCAAUGUCAUGUUGCAACAGCUUCCGGCGCAUACCACUGCAAAGGAGGUUUCACACUACGAGCAUUUGGACUUCCUCUGGGCAUCAACUGUCGAUAAACUUGUUUUCCCGCAUGUAUUCCAGGCCCUCGACACAUACACCGACCCAGAGAAGCGCCGCACCCACCAACGGUUGCAACCUCCGGCACAACUCAUGAAUAGACCAUCAUUUAGUGCACCAUAUACGACCGAUGAGGACGCGUAUGACUCGCCUACCUCUCCGCUCGCCAGCCGUAAAUUUUCGGAAAACCUGCCUAGCAUUAGCUCCCGAAUCCCAAGCACUCCCACAUCCACAACUGAUCGGGUGAUCGCAUCUGCGAAAGAACCACAGUCGCCGGCUGCGUCGCAUUUGACUGGAAAGACAGCAGGCUGGUGGUCGUCUGAUGAGAUAGGCGGAACAGACGUGGAGCGAGCACGAGAGUCGACACCAAGCCCACGGCCGGGGUCAAGAGGUACACCGGAUCAUCUGAAGGAUAAUUAUGGGCUCAAAGGAAUCAGUUUGGGUGCAAGUCGGCCGGUGGGGGGCGUGAGUAAGGGGGAGGUCGAGAUUGGAGUUGGAGCUGGUAGUGGUGCGGAAGGCAGGAAGAAAAAGAAAGCUAAAAAGAAGGAGGGUGAUUAGGUCUCAUAAUUCUGUACCGAAGCAAACCGACUGAUCUUGUGUGAAUGCUAGAAUAAUAAGAUGUAAGAGUGAAUGGUGGUACUGCGGAGCCAGGCUGACAUUUAUGUCUCUUCGACCGACACAAGAAUCUCCUAAGAGUGUACUAGCGUAGGCAAAAACGCGCAUCUCUAUCUCUC